UUCAUUUCACAACUACGGUAUUUUUGAUAUUCAUUAAAAAAAUGAAGAGAGUUCCAAUUUUGCUGGUAUUAAUUGCUAGCAUAUCAUGCAAACUUCAGAAUAAAGAAAAUAAAUUAUUUACAGAUUUGUACAAUAAUUCGGAAAUUCAGUAUGAAGAGUCACAAAGCUGCAUGAAUGGCGAAUUUAUUAUAGAUCUAAAUCCUUCUAAUAUACCGUCACUAAUGGACUCGUCAAAAUCUAUUGGACUCUUACAACCUCAAGAUAUUGAUCUAGCUGAUAAAUGUUUUCCCAAACCAGUAUGUGAUCCCAUAGCUAAAUAUAGAACCAUAAAUGGGAGUUGUAAUAAUUUAUUAUUUCCAAUUUGGGGACAAGCUAAAUCAGCAAACAUACGAAUUAUUCAAGCAGACUAUUCGGAUGGUAAGAGUCAACAAAGAAGAGCAAAAUCAGGUAAACAAUUACCAAACGCGAGAAAAAUACGAACAACUUUGUUCCCAAGCAAGGAUAACCCCUCACCUAAAUAUAAUUUAUUGUUUAUGCAAUUUGGUCAGACGGUUGCACACGAUACUGAAUUAAUACUUUCUAAAACCUCAAGUAAUGGUAGUACACUAGAAUGUUGCAAUUCAGAUGGUUCCACACCAAAAAUACUACCACAAGAUUGUCUACAAAUUACGAUCCCGUAUGAUGAUCCUGAUGCUUCAAAAAGACGAUGUUUAUCGACUCCACGAGCUGCUGAUACUGCAGAUAUAGGUUGCCAAAUAAAACCAGUCAGACAACAAAUUGAAGUUACCAGUUUCAUUGACGCUUCAUUAUUAUAUGGUUCAGAUGAAAUCACAGCACGUUCAUUGCGAACAUUAUCUUACGGAAAACUUAGAAGACAAUUGGGACCUAAAGGAAAAUCAUAUUUACCCAACGUUAAACAAGCAACAAAAGAAUGCAACGUUGUUAAUGAUGGGACUGUAUGCUACGCUUCUGGUGAUAUAAGAGUAAAUCAACAUCCCGAUAUAGCAGUUCAAACAAUAUCACUAUUGAGACUACAUAACAUACUGUGCGAUGAUCUCAAAAAAAUAAAUCCCUCAUGGGACGACGAACGAUUGUACCAAGAAGCCAGAAAAUUACUCAUAGGGAUGUAUCAGCACGUAGUAUACAAUGAAUUUGUUCCUGGACUUCUAGGAAAAGAUUUUUCCAAAGCAAAUAAAUUACUACCAUUAAAAAAAGGUUUUAACAUGGAUUAUGAUAAAUUUUUAAAUCCAACUACGAUAACCAGUUUUACCGGUGCUGCAUACAGAUCACUUCAUAGCGAAAUACAGGGAUAUGUGGACUUGAUCAAUGAAGCCAGAAAAGUUACGUCGAAAAUUCGUUUGAGUGAUUUUUUCUUAAGAACUGACAUAGUGCAAAGAGGAGAUAAUUAUGAUAGUUUUACUAGAGGUUUACUUAGUCAAAUUGCACAGGACCAAGAUCAAUAUUUCACACCUGAGGUUAGCGAAUACCUAUUUAGAGAUCCGAACAAAACAGAAGGCUUCGAUUUAGUCAGCAUUGACAUGGAACGUGGUAGAGAUUUUGGAGAACCAUCUUAUAAUAAAUUUAGGCAAUUGUGUGGAUUGAGCGAAGCCAAAACUUUUGACGAUUUUACAGAUCAAAUAACUAAAAAAAAUGUUGAUAUCUUAGCUAGCUUGUACGAGCAUGUAGAUGAUGUAGACUUUUACGUAGCAGGUUUGCUAGAAAAAUUGAAACCUGGAUCUUCGUUGGGCCACACGUUUCAAUGUAUUUCUGGAGAAAUGUUUUUCAGAUGGAAAUUUGGUGAUCGUUUCUUUUAUGAAUUUGGAAACCAAACAGGAUCUUUUCGUUCAGAUCAACUCGAUGAAAUAAGAAAAACAACAUUAUCACUAAUAAUAUGUAUGACAUCAGACAUUCAAUCUAUACAACGUAACGCUUUUGACGUUAUCAGUAAUCAUAAUCCUUUGGUACCUUGCAGUUCCAUACCAAAACUUAAUUUAGAUCCUUGGAAAGAACUUUAAUACAUACCUACCUAAUAUUAUAGUGCCUGUAUACUGUUUUUUUUUUUUUUUUUUGUAAUAAAUUAAUA